AUGGCCGCCGCCCGCCUCUCGCUGUCCCUCCUGCUGGUCGUCCUGGCCGUCGCCGCCGGGCAGCGCGCGGCGGCGCAGGACUACGACUUCUUCUACCUGGUGCUGCAGUGGCCGGGGAGCUACUGCGACACCAAGCAGAGCUGCUGCUACCCCAAGUCCGGCAAGCCGCCGGCGGACUUUGGGAUCCACGGCCUGUGGCCCAACCGCGACGACGGCUCCUACCCGCAGAACUGCAGUCCCGACAACGCCUUCAACCCAUCAAAGGUGAGCGACCUGCUGAGCAGCCUCCGCGCCAAGUGGCCGACGCUGGCGUGCCCAUCCGGCGACGGGCACAAAUUCUGGGGCCACGAGUGGGAGAAACACGGCACCUGCGCCGCCAACGUCUUCGACGAGCACGGCUACUUCCAGGCGGCGCUGCGCCUCCGCGACCAGCUCGGCGUCCUCGCCGCGCUCACCUCCAACGGCGUCAACCCGGACGGUGGCUACUACACGCUGAGACAGAUCAAGGGCGCCAUCCAGGACGGCACAGGGUUCGAGCCCUACGUGGAGUGCAACCGCGACGAGGCCGGCAACAGCCAGCUCUACCAGCUCUACUUCUGCGUCGACGCCGCCGGCGACAGCUUCGUCGAGUGCCCCGUCCUCCCCAGCGGCAGGCCCUGUGGCAACAGGAUCGAGUUCCCGGCGUUCUAG